GAAAUGUGAGGCAAGAUGGCGGAUUCAAGAGGACGAAGAAGUCUGUCAAGAAAAUCAAAGAAACUAAAAAUAUCUCGGUCGGAAACAAACGAAGCAGCCCAGAAUUGCGUUAUAUGUUUAGAUACAGUUUCAUGCAGAGGCAAGCUCAGCGUUUGUAAGCAUUGGUUUUGUUUUAUCUGCAUUUCGGAAUGGUCGAAGAACACGAAUAGCUGUCCUGUUUGCAAGAUAAAAUUCAGAUGCAUUUCAAAGAUACAUUUAGUUCCAGGAAAGUCACCUGUUCAAAAAAUACGGGUGAAAGAUGUUGAUAUGCGCAAUGACUCGCUACGGAUUCCAGAUGAUGAUUACAUAUGGGCCGAACUGGAGUCAUCUAUGUCUGAGAGCGAUUUCUCCAACUAUGAACCAAAUCAUGAUCUAGAGAAUGGGCCAUUUCAUUCUACCUCUGAUGAGGAUGAUUGUUCCAUGUCAUUGGCAUGCAAUAGUGAGAUCAAGAGUGAUAGUGGUGAUUCAUUCAUAGAUGACCAAUCUAUUGAAGAAAUGUCAUAUGCAAGCUCUGAUUCUAGUGAAAAUUGCCCACCAAGUAUUUUGAGGCAACCAAGAAGGAAAUCUAGGGUGAUUCUCUCUGAUACUGAGAAUUCUUCUGACCUGGAACAAACUGACAAUGAAUGGCCACCAUCGGAUGAAACAACAAGUGAAAUAGGAAGAGAAACAAGGAAAGAACCCCAAAGAAAAAAUAUGAAAAUUAAGAACACACAAAACAGUGGAAAGUCACAAAUUGGUGCAAGGAAUGGUUUUCAUAGAAACCGUCAAGGACGUAGAAAGUUAUCAAAUCACAGAUUUGAAGAGGAAUUAAAUCGAAGGAAUUCAACAAAAAGAAGUGAACUGAAGAGAAGUGAACUGAAGAGAAGUGAAAUGAAGCGAAGCUCAACUGGAAGAGCAUUUGAUUCUCAAGCAGGCAGUUCUGCAAGGGAAAGAGAUAAUAGAAUUGGAAAGUGGUUGUGCACUGUUAAUAGUCAUUCACAAGCAAGUUCAAGGAGUCAUGCUGCACCUGAUAGAACCUGGCAAAGUCACACAGAAACAAGGACUACAUUUCAUAAGAGGACCAGAGAAACUUCACCCGAGUCGAUAGAAGAUGAAUCCAGCUCAAAACGAAACGAUUUCCCAUCAACACGAUACGACUCGAUGUCGACACGAAACAAUUCUAGGUCAACACGAAAUGGUUCCCCAUCAACACGGAACGAUUCAAUCUCGUCACAAAACAAUUCCAGGUCAACACGAAACGAUUCCAGGUCAACACGAAACGAUACCAGGUCAACACAAAACAAUUCCAGGUCAACACGAAACGAUUCCAUGUCAACACAAAACGAUUCAAGGUUAACACGAAACGAUACCAGGUCAACACGAAAUGGUUCCACAUCAACACAGAACGAUUCAAUGUCGUCACAAAACAAUUCCAGGUCAACACGAAACGAUUCCAGGUCAACACGAAACGAUACCAGGUCAACACAAAACAAUUCCAGGUCAACACGAAACGAUUCCAGGUCAACACAAAACGAUUCCAGGUCAACACAAAACGAUUCAAAAUUAACACGAAACCGUAAACCUAGCCAUAAGAAACUAACAUUUAAUUUCGGGUUGGACUCAUCCAGCUGCAGCUCUGGUGAAUCAUGGAACCCGUUCGGCGAGUCGUCGGGAAAAACGAAAGAUCUCGAGAACAUGAGCACAAAGAAAUCGGAAACGAGGCGAAGAGAACGAAUGAGAUUUGGUCAAGUGUUAAAAGAUGUUCAGAAUGUUUGGGACUGGGACGAGGAUGAAUGAAAAGUUGAAGAUUUAGUAGAAAGUGAUUUAGAAAAUUAGACAAUUCUGUUUUAACCAAAUCGCAAAAAAGUGUAUAAAAUAUAUGAAAUCAUCAUAAAAAGCUCACUUAGGUGUAAUAGAAAUCGUUCGAGGCCGUUUAGAUCAGUUUAGAAAUGUCAAAGUUAGAAAAAUAUGUAUUUGAUAAACUAUUAUAGGAUUAUAUGAAAGAAUCAGUUAUGCUUACCUUUGCACAUAUGUAAAUAUUCAGUAGAAUGUCAAUGCUAAU